AUGGGUAAGAAGAACAAGUCUACGAAUCCACCGGAAAAGGGCGACGGGAUGAUGGCAACACAACAAGGAGACUCUGGGAAGAGGAAUAACGGAACGAAAACAGUUCGAGGAACAGGUCCGACAACAGGGAUUUUGAGAACUAGGGCAAUAAGUGAGAUUGAAAAAUCGGGACCAAUUCCGAUCAGAUCUCAGGGAAAUAAGGGAGAUACGUCACCUAAUCUAGGGCUAGAUUAUAUAAGGCCGGCUAGUGAAGGCAAUCAACUCAUAGUGGAAAUUGAGGAGGACGACAUCACUUCUGAGCUUGAAUAUUGGAAGAAUGCUGUGGUAUGCUAUGUGAUUGGAGCACACCCACCUUUCUCAGUGCUUAAUGGCUAUAUUCAGAGACAAUGGGGGAAAUGGGGAAUUAAUAAAAUAGCAAUGUUGAAGAAUGGAAUAAUGUUGGUGCGAUUUGACAGUGCUGAAGGGAAAAACGAAGUUAUCCAAGGUGGAAUAUACCACUUCGACAACAAGCCACUGAUAGUGAAAGCAUGGGAUGCUGAUAUGGACUUCUCGCGAGAGGAACUGUAUUCGGUUCCAAUUUGGAUCAAGUUGCCUGCACUCGACUUCAAAUACUGGAGUGCAAAGGGCCUAAGCAAGAUAGGGAGCCUUGUGGGGAAGCCGCUCAUGGUCGACAAGAACACGGAGAAGAAGGUGGGACUAAAUUUUGCAAAGCUGUUGGUUGAAGUGAAAAUUGGGAGUGCACUGCCAGAUACGAUAUAUUUCCGGAAUGAAAGGGGGAAGGUUAUAGAGCAGAAGGUGAUGUAUGACUGGAAACCAUCAAUGUGCUCCAUAUGUCAAAAGUAUGGGCACACGGCUGAAAUUUGUAGAAGGAAUAAGGCGAAUGAGAAGAAGGUGGAACUCCAACUCAAGGAAAACACCACAAAGGAGAGCAACGGUACUGAAGCAGACCAGGAACAGUUGGUAGGAAGUGCAGGGAAACACGUUGGGAGUAACCUACCCCAACAAGGAAAAUGGAGGAAACAGGUAGGAAGAAGGCAAUAUCAAGACGCAAGGUUGGUUCUAGCCACCACAAGUGGAACAAAUACAGUGCCGGUUGCAAAUUCGUUUCAGCCACUGGAGAAUGCUAGAAAGGAAAAUGAAGUGCAAGCCACGCAAGCUGGCCAAACUGAGGGGACUAAAAAUUACCCCUCAGGGCAUGGUUAA